CACACCAAUAAUAAACCUACAAAACCCAGGCUUAUAAGUCUGGCCUGCGGUUCACUACCACACUGUAAACAGACCCGGUCUCCACACUGCUGACACGUACCGUAAGUACUACCAACGAUCUACACUACGUUUUACACAAGACGAUAGACUCUGCUUGUCGUUUCUGCCGACAUAUGUAAUUUUUUCACUAACCCGCGAGCUGCUCGUUUGGUUUGGCUGCGGCCAAGGUGUGGAUGUUUUUUGGUUUACUUUGUGAGUCAACCGUGCCACAGCCAUCGUGUUUUUUGAAAGCUCAUCCAUUCUGGCCCCUCUUGAACGUUCUGAUAGCAACACCACGGCGACGGUGCCGUUGACAUCUGGGAUGAUUUACCCGUGCGCGGAUAUUCAGUCCACACUACCUGCGCCGAUCCCCGAUGUAAACCAUAACAAGAUCAGCUGGACACGUCGCGCACGCUCCCUUCGUGGUGUGGGAUCGUAUGACAGUGAGUCCCUGCCCGCGGAGAAGAUCAUGGCGGUUUCUUCCAAUCCCCACGAAGAACUGAUUCCCACGGAUAGCCCUAACAUUCUCUGUACGAAACUCCCCACACACUGGCGCCAGAACAAAGCGCUCCCGACAGCAUUCCGGAUUGUUAUGGUGGAGGAUGUCGCCGAUGGGACGGAAGUCAGUAUUCAUGCCGGCAACGAUGAGAACUGCACCGCUGAACUCCGUCAUUCCCUCACGACCUUCAAAAAUCGUGUGGCGCGCUUCAAUGAUCUCCGAUUUGUUGGCAGAAGUGGUCGAGGUAAACCAUUUUCAACGGCAAAAAAAUUUACACUAUCGAUCGUUGUUCGUACCAGUCCACCACAAAUCGGUACUUAUCCAAAUGCCAUAAAGGUCACCGUGGAUGGACCCCGUGAUCCCCGUACGAAAACCAAAGGGUCCAAUCGAAUCGCAACUUAUCCUUACUCGAUGCUGGACCAUCCCGGACUGGAGGCCGGUGUCAAUCGCUCAUCACCCUCAUUGUCAGCGGGCCAUGCACUCGCACUGAACCAUCCGUAUGUGCUGAAGGAAUCACUGGAGCGACAGGUUGUGGGCGCACACACAUAUCCCGGUGUUCCACCACAAAUGCGCCGACCUCCGGCUGGUAUUUCACCAGAUGUGCUUACUGGCCGGCUUCCGGCUUGGAUGAUGCAUAUGCCACCGCAUGUGUUCCCGCUGCAGCACAAUAACGCCAUGAAAGCGCCGCGUGAAAUGCAUGCACCCACCACCUCUCAAGAAGAAAGCGGCAUUGUGCGACUGGAGAGUAUGGCCGCUAUGGUUGCUGCCGCCGCCUCUUCUGCGGCAAUGGUGCAAAAAGUCAUGAUGGAGCAAGCUGUCGCAGCCGGUCAGUUAACGACUUCCUGCGCGCCACCAUCUACAGUCUCAAGCAGCAAUCCGUUUCGUGUCGUCAAUCGGCUGACACCAUUCGGGCCAUCCCAGCCGACAGCAGCAGUAGCAUCCAAAGGCUCGAUCCUCCCACAUUUAUAUUAUCCGGCGUUCCCGGCACCGCCCUUCGUCAAUCCCAUGGCGACACCGGCCCUGCUGCAGUCCAUGGCGGCGCAGAGUGCUGGUCGUAAUUUUCCAGUAUUCCCAUGGAACCCGGGAAUGGCGGCCAUGCCGACGUUGGUGCCCGGCGAGGAAAUUCAUCUGGCACAGCAGUUACCCUUAAUGCCGCAUCAGCAGCAGUCAAUGAGAGAAUCUCGCGGCACCACUGCCACUCCAGAUGGUAGCUUAACUGCUCCAGGCGGGUCGCGAAACUCGGCUGCAAUUAAGGAUGAUUCGCCGGCAUCCUCGACGUCACCCAACGGCAUUUCCACUAGUCCAGCGUCCAGUGCAGAGUCGUGUAAUGCCAGUCGCGAGACACAUUCAGCCGGUGCAGGCGGACCGGUUCGAAGUGGAGUUAAUGGCAAGUCGUCAGAAAAAGGGAAAAAGGUCUGGAAACCUUAUGUUUAACGGACAAGGGAGAUUAUGUACAAAAGAGAAUUUCAUUUUGCGCACUCGUAGCCACUUUUGUAUGUUUGAGUCACCAGUUGGGGAGACUAAUGAUGAAAAUUAAAAUUGCAAUGGAUUAAACGUCAAAGCAAUCGUACAAAACGAAUACAAAUAGCUCGAAGUAUUAUACAGUAUAAUUGCAAAUCGAAAUAAAGCUAGAAAGAUUUUG